UGUACUCCACCCACAAGACUUUACUUUCAUCUUACAGCUUCUUCUAAGGGGAAUCUUCUUGGCGAAGAUCAGGCCCCUGGUUUGGUGAGUGAAUGCUGAACACAUGUGCCCAGGCCCUGUCUUCACCCUUCCGUAAGGAAUCACAACUUCUGCACUGGAGAGUGAAGAUACUGGAGUGUUUGGUGAAGGGCUGGUUUCGAGAGACACGGAAGGAGAAACUGAAACUGUUUGGGGAUCUGUGAGUACGAGAACCCUUAGAAAUCAGGACGGGUGGAAACAGGGGAGCGGCUGGCAUGGCGUCAGGAAUUUUCAUGAACGUACAGGAGGAGGUGACCUGCCCCAUUUGCCUGGAGCUUCUGACAGAACCCUGGAGCCUUCACUGUGGCCACACGUUCUGCCAAGCCUGCAUCACUGCGAACAACAAGGAGUCCAAGACUGGCACAGAAGGGGAGAGCAGCUGCCCUGUGUGCCGACUCAGUUACAGGCCUGAGAACCUGCGGCCUAACCAGCUUGUGGCCAACAUAGUGGAGAGGCUCAGGGAGGUCAGGCUGAGCCCGGAGGUGGAGCAAAAGGGAAAUCUCUGUGCGCGCCACGGAGAGAAACUCCUGCUCUUCUGUAUGGAGGAUGAGAAGGUCAUUUGCUGGCUUUGCGAGCGGUCCCAGGAGCACCGUGGUCACCGCACGUUCCUCUUGGAGGAGGUCGCCCAGGAGUACCAGGGGAAACUCCAGGCAAUUCUGAAGAGGCUGAGGGAGGAGCAGCAGAAAGCUGAGAACUUUGAGACGGAAGUCAGAGAAGAGAUCACUACCUGGAAGCAUCAAAUAGAAAAUGAGAGACAAAAUGUCCAGGCAGAGUUUAAAGAACUGAGAGCUAUCCUGAACGAUGAGGAGCAGAAGGAACUGCAAAAGCUGAAGGAUGCGGAAGGAGGUAUUCUGCGUAACCUGGCGGACUCUGAGAAUGAGGUGGUCCAGCAGAGCCAGUUGGUGAGAGACCUCAUCUCAGAUCUGGAACAAUGUUUGCAACGGUCAAUGGUGGAGAUGCUGCAGGUAAGACUGGGGAAGUAGCCCCAGCAUCUGAGAGCUGAGACAAAUGAAUCCUAGGUUUCCAUCUCUUCUGUAUUGUUGUGUUCUUUCUGGUGUUGUCACCAAGGUUGCUUUGGCCCUGCAGUGCCCCUUCCCUGCAUCUCGUCCGGGGGGUAUAAGAAUAUCUGAAUGAGUGAAUUGAAUUCAGGAAUAACAAGAGGAAUUUUUAUUUUUUAAUGUACCAUGUUCAGUGCAAAAGUGUGACUGUGGAGCGAAGAUUCACUGUCUUCAGUGAUUUGCUGGAGGCCCCUAUUAUCUGUAUCCAGUUUUAAGCAUUUGUCAGAUAGCUCUUCAUGACGCAGCUUAGUCAGUAACAAAUGCACUUUUGACUGCAAGAUUUUUUUUUUCUCUCAAUGUGUUGAUAUUUUUUUCUCUUUCUCUAUUUCUGAAGAUAAUUUUUGAAGGACUGUUACUUAUUCUUUAAAUAUUAAUGGAAUUCAUUAGUGAAGCCAUCUCACUCUGGCUUUUUCUUAUAGGAAAGGUUUAAACUAUUUUACCUGUAUUAGGAUUAUUUCUAUUUUUCACAGUCAUUGAGUCAGUUUUUGUAUGUCUUUGUAGGCAAUUGUCUAUUUUCAGUUUUCUUAUUUAUAGGCAUAAAGUUCAUUAUAAUAAUCCUUUAUUAUCCCAUUAAUUUCUAUUUUAUUCACAGCAGUGUCCCCUCUUUUAGUCCUGAGUUUGGUGAUUUUCUUUUUCACUUCUUUCCUCGUCAGUUUAGUUAUGUUUUGUCAAUUCAUUGAUUGUUUUCAAAACAAACUUAUUUUUUAUUUACUUUGUCUAUUUUAACCUUUUCUUAUUCAUUACCUUCUGCUCUCACAUUUGUUGUUUUCUGUGUGUGUGUGUGUGUGUGUGUGUGUGCUGUGUGUGUGUGUGUGCUGGUUCAAUAUGCAAUUCCUUAGGUUCCUGAGGUGGGAAUUUAGAUGGCUGACUUGAGACCAUCUCUUCUGAUACAGUGUUUAAUGAUAUAAGUGCAUGUCCUUAGUUGUAUUCCUCACAUUUUGAUUGUUUAGUUUUAAUUUUCAUUCAAUUUCAACUUCUCAGACUUCCUUUGCAGUUUUUGGUUUUGUUCAACUUUGGAUAUUUUAAAGUGUGUUGUUAAUUAGAAAAUACUCCGUGACACAUGAGUUUUACUUCUGCUGUUGAUUUCAAAUUUAAUUCUGCUGUAAUCAGAGAACAUAUAUAUUUUAUUACUUUAAAACUUUUAGGUUCAUUGACACUUGUUUAUGGCUUAAGAACUUUAUGUUCAGGAAAAUUUUCUAUAUAGAUUUGAGAAGAUUGUGUAUUCACACUUAUUGGGUAAAAUGGUCUAUAGAUGUUAGUUUGGUCAGAAUGGUUGAUAGUAUCGUCCAUGUCGUUUAUAAAUUUGAUGGUUUCCAUAUAAGCUAGUCUCUCAUUAUUAAGAGUGAGAUUUUGAAAUGUGUAACUAUUAUUGAAUCGUCCAUUUCCCCUUUUAAUUUUACUUUGUGUACUUUGAAGCUCUGCUGUUAGGUGCAUAUACGCUUACAAUCAUCAUAACUUUUUGAUAUACUGAACCUUUUGCCAUUAUAAAAUUUCUCUGUCACUCUCACAUAAUACUUAUUGUCUUAAAGUCUAUUUUGUCUACUAUUUAUAUAAACACUUGACCUAUCUCCUGAUUAUUGCUUGCAUGAUGUAUAUUUUUCUCUGUUUUUACUUUUGCCCUUUUUGUGUCUUUGAAUCUAAAAUAGGUCCCUUAUAGAUAGCAAUAGUUGAACUUUGCUUUUUAUCCAGCCCUACAAUCUCUGCCUUUCAGUUGUGGUAUUAAUGCAUGACAUUUAAUGCAGUUACUGAUAUGGCUUUGAUUAAAUUGACCAUUUUCCUAUUUGCAUUCUAUAGGGCUACUCUAGUGUUCAUUCUUCUCCUUCUCCUUAACUAGCUUCUUCUGUGUUAAACGAAUUUUUCAAGUAUACAAUUUCAAGUUGUCCUAUUUCCUCACUGUAUUUUUUUUUAAGCUUUUUUCCUAGCGGUUGCUCGAGUGAUUACAAUAUGUCUCCUACCCCAUCAUGGGCUACUUCUGACCACACUAAGCUAUUUCCAGUAAAAAUGGGAACUUCCCUCAGCACUACUUCAUUUCCUUUCGAAAACAACGCAGGGAUGUUUUCCACAUGGGCUGCUCGUCCUGUGUAGGCUCGUGCCUGCAGGCGUGCAGAUUUUUUUGUUGUAACUGGGAGGAGAAGCUCUUUUUUCUUCUAGAGUUUAUAUGAGGCGAUUCAUGUUUCCUUCAUGAGCUGAGAAUAAAGUUAAUAUAAGGGGAAUCAAUAGAACUGGAGAAAGAUAGAGACCUGAUUCUGAUGACAAAGUUUGAGCUUCAUAAUUAAAGUUUGAGUAAAGUUGUAACUCUCCCCCAGAAUCAUUUAUCAUUUCUUUACUUAUUCUAUAUGUAUUUGAGUUUUGUCAUGUACAACAAAGGAGCCCUAAUACAGAAAGAAUUUUUUUCCAAAACCCAGCUAUGGUCCUACUUUUUGGUGACACGAAUUAAGUAAGUCUUCAGCAAAAGAGAUCAAAUAUAGUGGUACAUAUAUGUUCAAACAAGCAAAACAAUAUCUGUCGUGAUUAAGAAGGUUAGAUGGCUAAAAACUGUAAAGGAUCUGGACUAAACUGACUCAGUAGAGACCAAAGUGCAGGUAAAUUCUGGAGUUUUUAGGGCAGUGAGUGGGUAUUGAGAACAUGAUGAAAAUGGGGUAUAAGGGGGGAAACAAUUUGGUCAGUGAAUGAUGAGUAACAUCUUAGACAUUCUAUGUCACUGAUUCCUGCGGCUGUUUCACUACUGAAUAUAAUAAUAUGCAUUUAAGAGGCAAAAUUGAAUAAAAAUAAAGAGUUGGAAAUGAACUGCACAUAUGUGCAUGCUGAUUUUAAGAGAGUGGAAGGGGUCAUUAACAGUGCAUAAAUUGAGAAGAGAGAGACCUCAAAAAUGCCUACAUUAAUCCUUUUGCUUACUUGUACCCUCAACAAAAGCCUUAUAAAUAGUUUGGGGGAGAUCAGGAUUAUGUAUUCACCUUUGAUCCUCCAAAGCCUUGGCAAAUAACAGUCCAUCACUUCACAGUUUUAGUGAAUAAAUGACAGUAUUCAAAUCACCUCAUGAAGUAUUCAAAUCAACUCCUGGGCCAUCAAAUUUACAGGCCUCUUGUUUUUCCCAUAAACAU